UAUUAUGCAUAUUCUUUUGAAUAUUUAAACUUGGCAGGGGAUUUGCCGCGCGAGAUGGGCAAACUCUACCAGCUGGAAGAUCUAGUAUUAGAUUUUAACGCCUUCACCGGUGUAGUUCCGCUUGAGCUCUUUACAUGUCGAAUCUUCGAGGUCUUGGACUUACAGGUAACGGUCUCUUCGGUGGUCUCCCGAAAAAUAUUGAUCGCGGUUUGCCCGCUCUUGAAGAACUCGCCAUUGCUUCAAACUACUUCAAUGGAGAAAUACCCGAAUCGAUCGCUAAUUGUUCCAAACUCAGACUUCUCGAACUCGGUUCUAACAACUUCACCGGUUUAGUACCUCACUCUCUCGGCACCCUAAGACUCCUCGAACGCCUUGGCCUCUUCAAUAACAAUCUAUCUUCUUCUUCUUCGGAAUUAAGCUUCAUAACUUCCUUGACUAACUGCCGAUCUUUAUACGAACUCGCAAUUACCGAUAACCCUAUAGAUGGCAUCCUUCCAACUUCCGUCGGGAACUUAUCUAAGUCGUUACAAAUAUUCCAUGCCUAUAAUUGCGAACUUAAAGGUACCAUCCCUCCAGAAAUCGGCAAUUUAAGCAACCUUGUGACGCUUGCUUUAGGCGGGAACGAAUUGUCCGGUGAAAUUCCGAUCGGUAUAAAAAACAUGCACAUGCUUCAAGGCCUAUCUCUAGAUUACAACAAGAUGUCGGGUUCGGUAUUUCCGGAGGUUCUGUGCGAUUUAGAUAGCUUGGUUUAUUUAUAUUUAAACCAAAAUAACUUUUCUGGUACAAUACCUGAUUGUCUAGGGAAUGUCACGUCUUUAAGAAAUCUCUAUCUAGAUUCGAACAUGUUGACUUCAACCAUACCGUCAAGCGUGUGGCGCCUCGCGGAUUUGCUGAAGCUGAACUUGUCCUCGAAUUUGUUGAGCGGAUUUAUACCUCCGGAAAUUGGUAAUUUAGUGACGGCAACCGUGAUCGAUAUGUCAGUGAAUCGGUUCUCGGAGUCUAUUCCGAGCGCAAUCGGGAAGCUAACAUCUGUGACUUAUCUAUCUUUGGCGCAUAAUGGACUAGAAGGUUCUAUUCCUGAAACCGUGGGGAGUAUGGUUAGUUUAGUAACGGUAGAUUUGUCUUACAACAACCUCUCCGGUUCAAUUCCAAAGUCGUUGGAGUCGCUUCAAUCCCUCCACUACUUUAAUGUCUCUUUCAAUGCGUUGGUAGGAGAAAUUCCGACCGAUGGUCCUUUCAGAAAUUUCACGAUCGACUCGUUUAUGGCUAAUGACGCAUUAUGUGGAGUUCCAAGGUUCUACGUGCCACCUUGCGGUAAUGUUUCGGAACAUAGGUCAAAGAUGAAAAGGGUGCGCUCGGCUUUAUUCAUUGUUAUUGGGAUUGUUGCGUUUAUCUCGUUUCUCUCUUUGGCCUUCAUUUUCGUACGAUACAAAAGGAAAUAUAAAGCAAAUGCAGGAAAUGGAGUUGAUGGUGUAGUGUCUACUUUACCGGAAAGAAUUUCCUAUUAUGAACUCCUACAAGCCACCGAACAAUUUAGUGAGACGAACUUACUAGGCACGGGGAGUUUUGGUUCGGUUUACAAAGGUGUUCUAAGAGAUGGGAAGGUUCUGGCUGUAAAGGUCUUCAAUUCGCUAUCUGAAGUUGCUUCCAAGAGCUUUGACGUGGAAUGUGAAGUACUGCGUAAUAUUCGUCACAGAAAUCUCACCAAAGUUGUUAGCAGUUGCUCCAACGAGGAGUUCAAGGCAUUGGUACUUGAAUAUAUGCCCAAUGGAAACUUGGACAAAUGGCUAUAUUCCCACAAUUAUUGUCUCGAUCUCUUGCAAAGAUUGAACAUAAUGAUUGAUGUUGCGUGUGCGUUGGAAUAUCUUCACCACGGCUAUUCUUCACCCAUUGUUCACUGCGAUUUGAAGCCGAGCAAUGUGUUGUUAGAUGAAGAGAUGGUUGCACAUGUGAGUGAUUUCGGGAUAGCAAAAUUGUUGGGCGACGGUGAGAGCAUUGUGCACACAAACACCCUAGCAACACUCGGCUACAUUGCUCCAGAGUAUGGUUUGGAAGGACUUGUUUCGACUAGGUGUGAUGUUUACAGUUACGGAGUGAUGGUUAUGGAAACAUUUACAAGAAAAAGGCCAAGCGAUGAUAUGUUUGCGGAAGGUUUGAGCUUAAAGAGUUGGGUUCAAAGCUCACUUUGGCAGUCGCCGAAUGAGGUUAUAGACUCCAACUUACUAAAUACCGAAAACGAACAACACUUUGAGAAAAACCUGCAAUGUGUGUCAUCUAUACUGGAGUUGGCUUUAAAGUGUUUGUCGGAAUCUCCUGGUGAUAGGAUAACCAUGAAAGAAGCCUUGGCAGAAUUACAGAAAAUCAAAGGUCGAUUUUCGCCCGUAAUUCGCAGGUAAUGUAAACUAGGUUUCAACAUUAUAUUGUGUAUGUUUUUCUUCUGUCCACGAUAAGUUGUAUAUACUAUACUCGAGGGAAGAAUCAUGUAUGUUUGUACUUGUAACUAAUGGCGCCCACCGCACAUAAUAUCAAGUGAAGUGCAAUGUUGUUCUA